AUGCCUACGGACGAGCUCUCCGACAACUAUGUGGCGGAGUUGUUGAAGAAAGAUGCGAAGGCGAGCUCCGCACGCUACGCCUCCGUAGGGCUUCAGGCCUACCUGCCCAAGAGACCUACUGGCCAGGCACCGAAGCCAAAUACGCGGUUCCUCCGAAACAUUCUACGCGAUACAGACAACCACAAUGCAGCCCUCCUUGCAAAAGAGGCAGAAGAAUCACGAGCAAGACUCAAGGCCCUUCGUGAAGGUGGCCAAGGGAGCAACGAGCGACCACACAAGUCGCGUGAGGUAGACCGAGGCAACGGCGAUGUCAUGUCCCGGUCUUCCAAGCGGAGGCGUACAGAAGAUAGCGACGACGAGUCGGACAGAGGACACCGCCGACGAGACGAAGAGCGCAGCUCCCGCCGGCCACAUCGCUCGAGGCGCGAACAAUCAACAGAUCGAGAUGAUGACAGGGAUAAGAGGAAGCGCAGUCGUCGCUCAUACGAUAGUGAAGAAGAUCGGGAAUACCGCAGAUCACGACAUUCGCACAGGAGUCGUAGACAUCGCGAUCGGAGCGCGACGGAUGACGACAUUAAGGAUGACCGCAGGUCUGAGCGGCGACAUCGGCACAGGCGCAGGAGUCGAUCAGGCAGUAGGGACAGACGGCACAGGUCUCGGCGGGAGACACGAUCCGGGAGCGCAUCCGAAGAGGAGGAACGCCGUCACAAGCACCGGAGGCGCGGAUCGCCAUCGAGAUCGAAGGAGAGGUCGAGGGAUAGCUCUACGGACAGGAAGCAUCAGACAAGCAAACCCAAGCUCAAGGAAAGGCCGUCGCGCAGUGCAAAGUUAGCAGCUUCGGACUCCGAUCCGCUGGAGGCGAUUGUCGGCCCAAUGCCUCCGCCUCCUGAACCAAAAGUUCGUGUGCGCGGUCGCGGAGCCAUGAGAGCGUCUACUGCGAUGGAUGCCCAUUUUGCGGCCGACUACGAUCCCUCGCAGGACGUGCAGCCGGGUUCGGAGGAGGAUGACUGGGACAUGGCGCUUGAAGCUCUGCGUGAUCGGCAGCGAUGGAAACAGCAGGGCGCGGAAAGACUGAAGGCGGCUGGCUUCACGGAUGAGGAAGUAAAGAAAUGGGAGAAGGGAGGAGAGAAGACUGAGGAGGAUGUUCGCUGGCGGAAGAAGGGCGAAGGCCGUGAGUGGGACAGAGGGAAAGUUGUCGACGAUGAUGGCCACAUUGAUAUCCGCGCUGAGUGGGGACGAUUGAAGGGCACGUAG